AUGUAAUCUUACGAGAAAGCAUUAUUUAAUGUACAAGUUAUAAGAAAACACUUUUUCAAAGAUAGAGCUUACUAAUUGUAUUUAUUUGCCGACGAAAUGGUGAUGACUGAUGUAAGUUGAUGUUCAAAAUAGGAUCCGACUAAAAGUCCAAAAUACAAUUUAAAAACGAAUUUAACAACUACGAUAAGGUGGAUUUGUGAGAAUAAGAGAAUAGUGGCUUUUGAAUUUUCAUAUAACGGUAGAUUGAAAGAAGUCUAUGGACCAAAAUUGAAUCUUCUAAAGGAGAUGCUUGCUGGAAAAGUAUUUUUCAACCCGGUGACUACAUUCUACUAAUUUCAUAUGGAAAUAGGUAGUGGAAUGACUGGAUCAGUUUAUAGAUGUAUAUCCACAGAAAAUAAUGAGAACUAUUUUGCAAUAAAGAAAGUAGACAAGAUGAAAAUAGCUUAAAAUGAUGGAGCAAUAGUAAAUUAUUCGUAAAAUCAAAGCCUCAAUUAAUACAUGAGCUAAGUCUAUUGAACUAAUUAUAGCAUCCGAGUAUAGUAAAAUUGAAAGAAACCUAUGUGGAUCAACAAAAUUAUUAUAUAGUGAUGGAAUAUAUAAACGGGAAAACUUUAUAUACUGAAUUAUAGAGUAGACAAUAUGGUCUCUCGGUUAAUGAAACGAUAAAGAUAAUGAAAGUAAAAUUUGAAUAGAGUUUUAGGAAUUGUUGGAGGCAAUUAUAUAUAUUCAUAAUAAGGGUAUAAUGCAUAGAGAUAUUAACCCUUUGAAUAUAAUGAAAGCAGAACAAGUAAAAUUGAUUGACUUUGGAUUGGCAAGAAAGAUAAGGAAUUAGUUAAUAUUUCCAACAUCAGGAACUCCUGGAUAUAUGGCUCCAGAAAUAAUUAAUUUCAAUAAAGAUAAGCCAUAUGAUGAGAAAGCAGAUAUUUUCAGUUUAGGAUGUGUUCUAUAUAAAUUGUAAGUAAAGAUAUUUUAACUAAAGGUUAACAGGAGAGAAUCUAUUUAAUACCAAAUAGAGCAAAUAGACUAUAUAUCAAUCAAAUAAGGAAGGAAUAUUUGAAUUAAAAAAGUAAUCACAACAUCCAGAAUAUAAUUCAAAUAAAAUGGAUUAAUUAUUUGUAUGAUAUAAGAAUAUUCAAUAGAUUCUACUUCCUUAUAUGUUAGAAUCUAAUCCUUAAUUGAGAUUAAAUGCAAAAGUUUGUCUGACAAUUCUUGAGGAAAUUGAAAACAACAAUCUAUAGAUUGAAAGACUAAUUAAGAAAAUCUUAAUUAGAAAAUAAUUAGCUUUUAAUACAUCUGAAGAACAUUAAUAAGAUAAAAAGAGUGAGGAGAAAUUAUAAAAAUGUAAGUUUCGAUAAUCCAUCGAUAUGUAAUCAAAAAAGAGCUUAGAUGAAAUUUCAGUGUUUUCUAAAAAUGUUAUGUUACAAAAUUAAAAAAGGGUUAUACUUCCUUAGAAAAAAUAGCCUUGA